UCUAGUUGUUGUUGUUUUAGUUGAAAUAUUACCAUACAUAUUACUCCUUACACCUUGCAUACGUUUUCUAUCCUACUACCAAACUUUUCUUUUCUUGCCUGUCUUUCAGUUUAUUCACGGCUUCUUUAUUCUUUUUACUGUAUUGAAUACACAUCCUUUACUCUCCAAUCAAUAGUUCAUUUUUGUCUCUUUCUCUUUAAUACAUAAUUAAUUACUUUUACGAGGAUCUUUUGUUUUUUAUUAAACAAUGAAGUUUAUCAGCUCCGCAUUGCUCAUUGUUUCUACACUUGCCGUCGUGGCUCUCCAGGUUUUGGCCGACACGGUAAAGUACACCGGAGUGCCGCAUAACGGCGGCCAAUCCAUUUCAGUUGCUCCAUUAAAGUACACUGGAAUUCAGUAUUACAGCGAGCCGCAAACAACAGCUAGUCCCAACCGCGAUUGGCCUGUAAUUGUUCAUAAGUAAAAAUUAGUUUUAUG